AGCUGAGGUGGGAUUCAGGAUGGCCAAGAAGGUAGUGAAAGCCAGCAAGCGGAAGGCGGCGGAGGAAGGAGGUGCAGCCGGCAGUGGAGCGGCAAGUGCGCCGCCGGGCCGGGGCAAAAAAAGAGCCGCUGCAUCCGAUCGAGGCCGCCUUCCAGGUGCCCGGCGAGGUGUUUGUGUUCGGCGAUGGCGACUGCGGCCAGCUGGGACUGGGCGAGGAGGUGACGGAGCGGCUGCGGCCCUUCCCAAUCAGUGUAGAGGGCAAGAAGGUGCUGCAAAUCGCAUGCGGCGGCAUGCACACCGUGGCGCUGACGGCAGACCACCAGAUUUUCUCGUGGGGCGUUAAUGACGAGGGCGCGCUGGGCCGGGAAACAGCGGGCGAGCUUUGGGAGAAGUCUGGGCAGGCCAGCGGCAAGGCGGGCGAUGCCUAUGUGCCCGGCAAAGUGCCUCUGCCCAAGGAGGCUGGCAAGGUGGUGCAGGUCACCGCAGGCGACAGCCACACCUGUGUACUGACUGAGCUGGGCGCGGUGUGGGCGUGGGGCACCUAUCGGGACGCCAGCGGCGUGAUGGGCUUUGGCCCUCACACACGCAUCCAGCUCACUCCGGCCUGCGUCUACCAGCCCAAGAAGGCGGAGGAGCAGAUCCUGCGCAUCGCCUCAGGCGCCGACCACACGGCGGGCGUGACCGCGGGCGGCGCGCUGCUGACGUGGGGCAACGGCCAGCAGGGCCAGCUGGGGCGCGUGGGCGAGCGGCUGUCGGACAGAGUUAAGAUGGAGACGCUGCUGGCGCCGCACACGGUGCCCUUCAAACGCAUCCGCGGCGCCAGCAGCCGCAUCGUGGAUGUCAACUGCGGCACCUACGCCACCUUUGCCACCACCGCCGGCGGCCACAUCUUCGCCUUUGGGCUCAACAACUACGGACAGCUAGCGCUGCCGGGCCAGGUGCCUGUGUAUGCACCCACGCUGGUCAAAGCGCUGGAGGGCAAGGGCAGCGCCCUGGUGCGCAGCGGGCAGCACCACACGCUGGUGCUCACGCAAGAAGGCACGCUGCUGUCGUUUGGCCGCCCCACGUACGGGCGCCUGGGCCAGAAGGAUGCUGAAGUGUCGGCAGAUGCAGCCUGCCCUGAGCCCAAGGCGGUGGAUGGGCUGGAGGCCGUCAAGGUGGCGGGAGCGGCGGCGGGCCUGGCGGUGUCUGGUUGCUUCAGCGAGGAGGGCGAUGGCUGGCUGUGGGGCUUUGGCACCAGCAACCAGCUGGGCAAAGGCGACGAUGAUGAGGACGAGGUUGUGCCCAAGAAGCUGGCAGACACCAAGAAGUUUGCGGGCCAGAAGAUCAUCCAGUCUCGCAGCGAUGCGCCACGCAGGCAGCAGCUCCGCAAGCCACCCGGCCAGCAGCGGCAGUCUGACAGCGGCGGUGGCGGCGCCGGCAGCAGCAGUGGCUGGUGCGAAGUGGAGAGUGCCCCUGCCUGGCGCGUCUUUGGCGUAUCGGUGCCAGCAGAAGAAGAUCCUGGCAAGGACGACUAUACCACGGUCCACUUCCAGCUGCUGGCGGCCCUGGCCCGCAAGCUGCGCGUUCGCGGCGGCACCUCGCUACCCGCCGCUGCCGUGAGGGUUGUUCGCAAGUCGUUUGAUGCCCGCAAGGCAAGGGAUGGAGCCCCAGCCAGGAAAACCUGGGCAUACUGCGUGGAUGUGGAUGCAGCAGCCCUCAAGGAGGCAGGCCUGCGGCGCCUCCAGGAGCGCCUGGGUUCGCUGGAGCGCCAGCAGCAGCAGCAGGAGCAGGCGCCCUUGCCGGCACUGGGAGCGCAGCAGGGCCAGGGCUGCGGCGGCGGCAGUGGCAGCGGGGCGGCUGGGGAGCCCGUGGUGGUGGUAGGGUGUGGGCCAGCAGGCCUGUGGGCUGCACUACAGAUGGCUGAAGCUGGGAUCAAAGUGGUCCUGCUCGAGCGCGGGCAGCCGGUGGAGGUGCGAGGCAAGGACAUCGGCGCCCUGUUUGUGCGGCGGAGGGUCAACCCAGAGUCAAACCUGUGCUACGGGGAGGGCGGCGCGGGCACCUGGAGCGACGGCAAGCUGACCACGCGCAUCGGGCGCAACAGCGACCCCGUGCGCGCAGUCCUCAACACGCUCUACCGCUUCGGGGCGCCAGAGAGUGUGCUGGUGUCUGGCAAGCCGCACCUGGGCACUGACCGGCUCGUGCGCGUCCUCAAAGCCUUCCGGGAGUACCUGAUAUCGCUGGGCUGCGAGGUGCGGUUUGGGUGCCGAGUGGAGGACCUGGUUGUGCGCAGCGGGCGGGUGGCGGGCGUGCAGCUGGCAGACGGGUCCACCAUCGCCGCAUCAAAGGUGGUCCUGGCUCCCGGCCACUCAGCCAGAGAUCUGUACCGCAUGGUGCUGCGGCACGACGUCAGCAUCACACCAAAGGCAUUCGCCAUGGGCUUCCGGAUCGAGCACCCGCAGCAGCUCAUCAACAGCUUGCAGUACGGUGCGGACGACUCAGCCAAGGUGCGGAGUGAUUCCAGCGUUCCUUUUUGUUUGUUUUGGGUGUUGGCACUGUCUUGUUGCAGGAUUGGUGUGAGGGUGGUGCCUGCACCGCAGAAGAAGCUUGGGGCUGGCGCCUGGGUGCAGGUGCUGCGCGGCAAGGGCCCCUACCCCGUGGCUGAGUACCGCCUGGCUGCUGAGAUCAGCGCGGCGGCGGCGGCCCAGGCCGCUGCGGCGGCAGCAGGCGCAGCAGGUGGCGGCACCAGCUACUUCACGGACGAUUGGUACCAGCCGCUGCUGGCGGCGGCCGCGGCCUCCGGCGGCAGCGACCUCGGGGGCCGUUGCGGGAGCGAGGCGCGUGGCGUGUAUUCGUUCUGCAUGUGCCCCGGCGGCCAGAUCGUGCCCACCAGCACAAGCGAGGAGGAGCUGUGCAUCAACGGCAUGAGCUUCAGCAGGCGGGACUCGAAAUGGGCAAACAGCGCGCUGGUGGUGGCGGUGCAGCCCGGCGACUGGCAGCACCUGGAGGCGCAGCACGGGCCGCUGGCCGGCAUGGCGCUGCAGCAGCAGUAUGAGCGGGAGGCGGCGGCGCGUGGCGGCGGCGCCUUUGUGGCGCCAGCUCAGCGCGUCUCCGACUUCCUAGCAGGCGUGGCGCCUUCCGGGCAGCUGCCUCCCUCAUCGUACCGCCUGGGAGUGAAGCCUGUACCGCUGCACGACUUCUAUCCUCCCCACAUGACGGCUGCCUUUGUGGCUGCCCUGGAGCGGUUUGACCGCCAAAUACCCGGCUUUGCCAGCGACCAAGCGCUGCUGCACGCCGCCGAGACUCGCACCAGCGCGCCGCUGCGCCUGGAUCGCGGCGCCGACAGCCUGCAGAGCCUGUCGCUGCCUGGGCUGUUCCCGUGCGGAGAGGGGGCCGGGUAUGCGGGCGGCAUCGUGUCCUCGGCGGUCGACGGCCUGCGGGUGGGCAGCAAGAUAGUGGAGGAGCUGACGGGGCGGGCAGGCGGACUGGACGCCGCGGCGUUCAAGGUCAAGGCGGGCUAUUGA